UGUGGAGAUGUUACCUGUGACAUCUGAUGUUCAUACUGACGAGAGGGAGAUAUGCACCUAUUUUCUUCGAUCAAAAAUGUAGCUAAUCACGGUAUCGGUAGUGCAUGUGCUAUUUUUCCAUCUGUGAUGACAUGAGCGCUACUAAAUUGAGUCGUCGGUCACGGAGUUUCUAAACGACGUUAUCGCUAUCCGUUGAGAGCAAUAUGAGCAUGUUCCCUGCUACCAUGCAUGGGCAAUCCUAGAUGCUCUAAUGGGCUCAGUCUAAAACCACUCGGUCACCCAGGUUGGAUGUCAAUGUUGCUCCGGAGGAUUAUAGACCCCCCAAUUGCUAUUUUACAUCCCGCCCAGCUCUUGACAAGACGACUUGCGGCUUUUCUACAUAGAUAUCACAAUCGUAUUGGAGUGGGAGAAUCCUGUAGGAGGAUCUUCUGAUUGUUUCGUUGCACUUGCACUGUUUCUACCUGUCAUCUUUGUGAAAGUCAUCCUUUAGUAAGCAUCAGCCAAGCUGCAGCGCUUGCCCGUUUUCGUUAUGUACAGCGUUCAAUACAUAGAAGAUUUAUUGGAGUCUGCGACUGCGUUGUAAAAGUAUACAUAGAUACUUAGAACAAUUCUUCAAUCAAGUCUUUCCCCCGGUACGUUGUGAAAAUGACGCUUACACAGAGCUCCCGUACGCCGUACGAUCACUUACGGUUUGCUUACCCCGAGACCUGGAAAAACUUGGUCAGAAUUUUCGAACAAAAUGGUGCAGUGACAAAUCUCGCCGGUGUGCGAAGACCGGAAGGGUACAAGAACUUUUUUAAGUAGUUAAUGAAUGCAUCUUUCUACUCGUUGGUCGCAUCUUCUGCUCGUUGAGUAGCCUACUCACCCUUAUUAUACUAGACUACACGUUCACGUCGUGCUCGUGCUGUCAUCGAUCAGGAUCACACAGUCAAACUCACAGUCGCUGUUUUGAUACUCGAUGCAUGGAUUUUGAUGUCUCGACUUCACCUUAGGCUUUCGCUCACUGGACCACACGAAGCACCUGUGGAACCGCCAAAGAGUAUGUUCGAGCUAACAGAGGAGGAAAAGCGUACCAUAAAGUACAAGGAAGAUAAGGAAAAAGAAGCCGUACACCAGCUGCGUUUACUUAAAGCUAGCCGAAGAAACCCAACAGGGGGAUGGUACCAAUCAAUUCAAUCUUGUGAUUUUAUCUGAAGACUUUUUUUCGAUUUUGGCUCGAAACAUUGCAAUGGAGAUGUCGAGUACCGAACUUGAUAAAGACGUCACGACUUUUGGACAAUUCGAUCAGGAUUACUCUUCCAGUUGUACUACAAUUCUUUUCGUCUUGUUCUGGUGGUCUUAUUGAUUUUAGAAACAAGUCAAAGUCUUUUAAAAAACCCUGCAGGUAUGAGGGAUUGCCAACGCAUCAUAAGAUUGCGUGUCUCUACAAUGAGAAGCCUAAGCCAGUCGAAGAGGGCUUUGCGGUCGACCACCAGGACUCGAAGGGCUCUCUGGCACCAGUUUCGAAGUAAGGAGCAUGGUAGUUCUACGAACAUAUUAUCUUCAACUACUUGUUCUGAACUUACUAGUUGUAUUAAGCACGCACCUAUCAUGAAAAAAACUGAAACUGUAUUAAAUGUACUUAUGUUGUGAACAUGUCAAAGUCAAUCACAUCCAGCAACGUCAACAUGCUUGUACUUUCAGAGGGUUUUUGUUGGCAUCCUGACGGUAACAAGUACCUUGCUGCUCUUGUAGUACUACGAACAUUUUACAUGGUCAUACUCAUACACACGGGGGCGUGCUUAUCACGACAUACUAGCAGCUCCUCACAUAUUGAUUAAGCGCGAAGAUCAACAAGUCAGGUUUUGGAACGUUUUAAGUUCUUGUGGAAACUGGAAUUUUUUAUGACGUCAUCCCCACACGUUCAAUCUAAAACAGCAUCAGAUCCUGAAGUGAAGGGUGACCUUUUCGAAAAGAACCAAAUCGCAUACCAAGAAGAUCUCCGAAAAAAAGCAGCUUCAGCUGCCGAGAAUAU